GGAGCAGACUUUAGAAUGUUUUUGCUGAGUAUGUCGUUUAUAAUAGCCGGCAUAUCGUCAUCAAAUAUAUAUAUAUAUAUAUAUAUAUAUAUAUAUAUAUAUAUAUAUAUAUAUAUAUAUAUAUAUAUAUAUAAAACUAAAACAGACAACAAUUUUUUAAACUUUCAACAUCAAUAAAUUUAUAAACGACGAACAUCCGGCUUAAAAUGAUUCUUUAACACCAGUAUCGGGAACUAAUGUCUUGAUUAAUAGCCAAGGAAGUGAGCUUAUUACAAAAAAUUAACAUGAGUUACAUGAAGAAAAAUCUAGAUUAUUCUUAAAAUUAAGACGUAAAAAGAUCAUUCAACAUAAUAAAAUUAUUGUAAUUUUGAGUUAAAUAAAUUUUUAGAAACAUAUUUUCGGACAUCGAAAAUAUAACUCAUGCUGUAUAGCAACAAAAAUUAUAAAUACUCAUCGGAAUUUCUAGUAUCAAAAAUCAAUGUGUUUAGUUAUUUCGUAAACAUCUUGUAUUUUUUUGUAUAUAUUUUAAUUAAAAGAGAGCUAUGAUGAAGUAAUGCACAAAUUCAUAAGGUACAAAGUUCGUUAAAAAUGCUAAAAUAAGAGAAUUAAAAAACUAAAUAAAAUUGAUUUUGAAUUCAUGAAAAAAACUGCAUAAUUAAAACUUAAAGUUACCUAGUAAAAAAAUCUCUUUUCAUCAAUUUUUUCAAUUGUUUUGGUAAAACUGUUUGUCAGUUUCAGUCUAAUAAUUAGGAUAGUAGUUUACGGCGAUAGACAUUGGAGCUAUAACGAAGCAUAUGCUUUAUUUGAAAGAACACAUUUUGAAAGACCUCCAAUUGCUAGAAGCACAGUAUGCAGAAUGAAUGCCAACUUUAAUGAAACGGGUAGCGUGGCAGAUGCUCGAAGCUCCAAAAUCAGGAUACCAAGAAUAAGCAACGAAGGAAAGUUUGAUGUUUUAAUUAAUUAAUCUGGAUUCAGAUAUAACAAACGCAGUGCCUCCAAAAAAAUAUUGUUUGGGAAGGAAUCGUCGGGGGAAGAUUUAUCGGUCGUCCUUAUUUCUAUUGCAGUAAUCGAACAGCUGUUGUACAUUUGUAAUAUUUUCAUAUGACAUAGCUUCCGGACCUAAUUGCGGUAUUUACGGAUCCAAAUAAUAGGAAAAACUUGGAUCUCAGUAUUUGGUUCCAACAAGAUGGAGUACUACCACAUUAUGGUCUUAAUAACUAUGAUGGAAUUUCUGAAACCGUUGGCGAUAUUCAUACUGAAUAUACUGUUUACACCACCACUACACCAACCCUAACAAUUACACUGUCUGACUGAAGGUAAACUUCAGUCUUUGAAGACGAUAGCUUGGUUAUCGAAACGCGCGUCAGACAGUGUAAUCGUGAGUGUUGGUGUAGUGGUGGUGUAAACAGUAUAUUCAUUAUGGUCUUAAUGUUCGAAUGUUUCUGAAUAAUCAGUUUAAAGGAAUGUGAAAUUGGAAAACGUGGGUCAAUAGAGUGGCUACUUACCUACAUCUUACCCUUCUUGAUUUUUUUAUUUACCAAGUCGGAUCUAUGUUAAUCUACUAAACAUUUCAGAAGAAUUAAUGGAACGAAUUAGACAUGAAAUGAAUAUAACUGCGCAGAUGAUCGCAAAUCUGUAAAUCAGGUCCACAAUCGUGUAGCGAACAGUACACAGUUUGAACAACUCCUGUAAGAAAUAGUUUUGGUUCAAUAGACAGUUUAGUUAUUACUAAAACCUAGUUUAUCUUGAUUUUUAUUGGUUUUCUCCUAUUUUUAUGUAAUUCCUACUCAAAUUAUUUGUUAUUAUGACGUAUUUUUUUGAUUUGUCAAAUGACGCGUUUUCACAUUUUUUUCGAAAAUGAACAUUGUACGUUUUAUGAAUUUUGUGCAUUAUUUUAUAAUCCUAUAUAUAGGAGCAAACAAUAAACAGAGCCGAAUUUACGGAAGUACCAUCUUAUCCUUAAGAUAAAUAGUCCUUCGAAUCAGAAAAAUAUUAUUGUAAAGCCAGCUCUGCAGGAGUGGUGGGAACCACUCCUCCGAAUGCCUCGUAACUUCAGAACAGCUCUCGAGACAGCGUUCGCCGCGUUAGUCGACCCAGCUUGGUAUUUUGUGCCGUUACAAAAAUCUUAGUAUAUUUGUGUAGUGUAUUGCGUACGAAAAAUUUGCGAAUUUGACUAACUACCAAUAAGGAAACUGCUCUUAUACAAGCCCAACACCCCAUUUGUCAGAAUUAAACUGGAAUUCCAAAUUUGUAAGGCACAAAAAACAAAUGAAGAACCACACAGGAUUUCACAAUUACUCUCAAAGUAUGUUCCUGUUUUCUGUAACAUAAUGAGCAGUAAAGACAUAGAAAAUUCUCAGAUAAAAUAAAAACAUGCAGCUAGAUUAUGAAGAAACCUUACGUCAGUGACAUCAAUCUUCCCAUCGCUCAAAUGGUUCUAGAAGAUGCUGAAACAUAUAACAAAUGGAGGUAUCUCAAGUCGAGGUACCAGGCCAGACAGCUCCAUGGUCCUGGAGACUCGAAUGGAUCAUCGCUACCGCUCUCCCAAUGCAAACAUCUCCAGAACAUCUCAACAAUACCCCCUAAAUGUUCCCCAUCUCCAUUCAACAAAUUUAGACACUUCAAAACACUCCUUGUACAGUAACAGCGUACUGCCCCCUGAUAAUAAAAGCUUAAAUGGGGGACUAAAUAUUUCUCGAGUAAGGAACCAAAGUACGGUCAAUAAAUUCAUCGCUAAGUCAAAAGAAGUAGGAAUCAAAGAGAUGCUCGUUAGCUUGGGAUUGCUGUGUUUAGUAAGUUUGUUACUCGCAUUACUAUCAUUGAUAUUUCUGUUAAAAAUAUCACCAGUGACUACCAAUGAUGUCCGUGAGUUACUAAGGUCGGAGCAAUUAACUGUAAUAACUGCUGAGGAAUACGUCGUUGUUUACGAGGUGACUUUAGCGUUGUGCGCUUUGACAUUAUCACUUAAUUUGUGUUGUUUGCUGGUAUGUGCUAUACAGUUCUUAUUCGCGGUGAAGCUAGUUAAAAGUCCACAUGGAGGAAAUGACAGAAUUUCUGACCAGAGAAAUCUUACUUCAUACACAUAAUUCGAGCAUACCUCGAAUAAGAGAAAAAACGUCAAGAAAUCGUCAUGCCCUCAUGUUACUGCAAAGACUAGUGGAGUACUACCAGAAAAAGAAGCUACCAAUACUCCUAGAAUGCGAUGCAAAUGCACAGAACAAACACUAUUUGGGGAAGCAAAGUCACCAACAGCAGAGGACAAAUAAAUAUUUACAAAAAUCAUCAAUAAGUAGGGUAUGUGCAGUCGGAGGUUUUUUUGUCUCAAUUCCAGUUUUUCUCACAGGAAUUAUUUUAUAUACAUUCAUCCAAUUCCACUCUACACCAGCCAUAGUGACGAGUGUUUUCAUUGGAUUGGGCAUAAUAUUCUGCGGUUGUGCCAUGGUUCAUAAUGUUUUUAUUUGGCAAAAGGAAAAAACUGAUGCUGUCAGGGAAUUGGCCCUACAACAUCAAGAAACGACAUCUCAACACAACAACUCUCUCCAUAGCAUUACAUCAGUUCCCGCCACCCAUCUAAAUCAUUCUUAUGUUAGCAGUUUUGGUCAUCCAAUAGCAUCUGUUCAUAAUGGUCCAUACAUUUUAAGACCCUCAACUACAACUCCUCCAAGUGGAGAAAAUUUAAAUCUUACUAAAAUGUCACAUCCUAGAGAAGCUAGCGGAUCAGUUAGUCCUGGUAUGCCAAAUGUGACAAUGGAGUUAAGUAGUGUAUGUACUACUAAUUCUCCUCAUGAAUUAUCAACUUUAGUAUGACUUUUUUGAUAUUUCCAAAAUAAAAAAACAUAUAGGAGAAACCAAAUUUCAUUAGAAUUAUAUUAAUAAUGAAAUAGUGACUAAUAUAUCAAAAUCAAAUAUACUGGGAGAACCAAAGAAAUACCUAAAGUCGUUCAAAAAGUUACUCAAUUCUUGAAAUGAAAAUCAGCUUUGGUUAUUUCUUAUGAUUGAUUGAUAGUUAUUUUUUUUAUUAUUAAUGCCGUUUUUUGAGAGGCAUCAAAUAGAUCCUUUGAAAUUUUCAACUGAAACUGAAUAUUCUUGGCUCAUUCCGGGCUAUGUCAUUACACUUUUCAUAUGUUAAAUGUCACAUUUCAUUUGUAUUAGAGUAAAAAAAUAUAAAUACAGAUUGGUCUUUUUUAAACUUGUUUCUUAUAUUUUUCUUAUAAUGGAGUCCAUUGCUAAAUAGAAAAUUCCAAGCAGUUUUCAAAUUAUAACUAAACUCCCUAGGAAAAUUAAUGUUUUAUUGUUAGAAAGACACAAAAUUACCAAUAAAUGAACAAAAAGGAACUUGGAACAAGUUCUGAGAAACAAUGAAAAGGCUUUCUUCCCCUUUUGGCAUUAAUUACAGUUUGACGGCGUCAGGGCUUAAUUUCAAUCUAAUGUCUUAUUUCAUUUUAGUCAAGAGAAUACCAUAUUUCAAUAAAAUGAGAGACAGCUCAUGUAAAUUUCGGGAUGAAUUUGAUAAAACUAGUAAGCAACUAUCAAUUACAUCUCAAAAUGACUUUGUGUCAGGACUAUUAGCUUACCAUACCAUACGUCAUUGAAGUUUUAACAGCACGGAUGUCAAAAAUAGCAAAUUUUCAGGAGAAAGAAAAAAUUACAUCAUUUUCUAUAUAAUUUACUAUUUGCGUAUAAAUAUAUAAAAAACAAUUAUUAACCCAAAUGUAAUGACAUACGUUGUGUUGUCACUUUAAUAUCCAAAUUUACAUAACUGACAUUAUUUUCUAUAAGGAAUUAAAAAACAAGAACGUUAUAUUUAUUCAUUUAUUUUAUUACAAUGCAAUCAGUCUAUUUAUUUGUUAAACAUUACACCUAUUAUUUAAGUAUUUAAAAAUUUUAAGUUCAAAUACACUUUUAUUAUUCAUUAAUUCACUUUGUACUUGAGGACAUCAAUACUAAUUGACGAAAUCACAUAGUCUUAUAUAGAUAAUUAUACUGUAAUAAUAAUUAUAAUGUAACAAUGUAAGUUAAGUAUUUAACAUAUUAUAUUAUUUAACAAAGUUAAAUUCGAAAAUUUAUUUAAAAAAAAAACAGUCUUAAAGACAUUUUAAAUAUUUGAAGAUAAAAUACCCAGCAUAAUUUGAAGUCUUACUUUUGUGUCAAACGAUCGUUAAAGCUAUGAAAAUUACUAGGUAUGACACGUUCUUUUGAGAAAUUGAUAUUCUGCUUUGGUACAACUUUGGCUUUGGCAGAGAACUUCUUGGUUUAGGUCUUUUGGGUAAUAAUGCGUAGUCGUCAUUAUAGCUUAGUUUUUAUUUGCCCUUCAGAUUCAUAAAGUACUCUGAUAUCCGUAACUACUGGGUCAUUAGCUAGUCUACCUGGUCAAAUCGAAUCAUACAUGAGAUAUUUUAAAAGGUCGAAGAAAAAGUCAUAAUUUAAAAAAAUUACAUUAUAGGGUUGCUUAGGAGGAGCUUCCUUUGAAAUUGACGCAAACGGCGAAGCUAGGUAGAUGUCUCUGUGUUUAAUUUGACAGUCUAUUGUACUACCUUUUAGGAAAAUCUUCAAAAAAAUUUCUUAGAAAGGUAACACAGUCUUUUGUUUUUCUCUCCGUAGGUGAUCGUAUCUCUUGUUAUCUUGUCAUACCUUUUUUGAAAUGUUCAAUCCUAUAAUAAUCAAAAUUGUCUGUAAACCUAGAGUAGUUGAAAACGUUCUCAUACAUACUUGAACUCGGCUUUGAGACCCAGUUUUUCAAAAAUAUUGUAUAAUUAAUAUGCUGAUAUUCUGUUACAACUAUGAUAGUAUACCACAAAAAAAUACAUAUUCAAAAA